GCGCAACACUUCCCAGUGCGGAGCGUGUUGGAGUCGAAUUUUUCCGGUUCACGUGGAAGAGAAGGACCAGGUGGUCGAGAUGCUGAAGCAACCCUUCGGAUACCGAAUAGAGGUGGAGCCCACGCACCAGGGGCGAACCUACUUCGAUAGGUUCAUCAGCAUCGUCAAGGUGGCGCUGAUGGAGGAGAACGCUGCCCAUGAGGUGAUUUUUGCGAACUCAGCUGACGUCAAGAAUGACAUCUUGAAAGGCGGCGCCCGACUUCGAAAAGCCACCCAGAUGGGUCCAGAUGUUUUAGCCGCAGAAUUGAAGUUCUUCACGGAGCAGCUCGAGACGAAGACCUUUGUCCCAGUGGCCUGGGAGCUGACUCCCGAGCCUGUGCGCAUGGGAUCCAUGCCGACGUUCGAGGCUGCGCAGAGG